GUCUUUGUGAGGUUUUAGUGGGGGGGGUUGGUUGUUACAUUUUUUUCUUCUUAUACUGCUCCAUUUCCUUGUUGCUCCAACAAGCAUUGCACAAGUGCAACGUGUAUCUUCUCACUGUAGUUCUCACCUAGAACAUAGCCCAGAGAACCUUUAUUUACUGUUGCAGUUCCUCUUCUGUUCUGUGAUGAUUAAUAUACUGCAGUACAUUUCAGUAGCUGCCAGAGCACCUGGGUGUCUCACUAAUGAGUGAUCUUCCUGUCACUGUCACCCUGGUGGUGGCUGCUGGCUAGGUGAGCCAGCACAAGUGUGAGCAAUGGCUGCAGGCUGAUGUAAAGCAAGCUGGUGAAACUGCUGCUGCAAGGUAGUAAUAAUCCUUAAUUAAUUGGUGAGGCUGCCUGGCCAGUGAGAAUCCCAUCAAGUAGGAAAGUUGACCUGAGGAGGAAAGGAAGGCGUGCUGGUGGAGACAGAGCAUGUAGUGGCUAGGUGUCUGGAAAGAGGUGUGCAGAAAAAAUGUUUCAAAAGUUAAAACAUGGAGGAAAAAGAUCCUAAGAUCUGUGGCUUCUGCAAGCAAAGUAUUUGAAAGGCUACUGGGGCAUGGCCUUAGUUUGGCCCUACACAGCACUGUCACAGCAGCAGCGACUUGCAGAGAUGGAGCUGUGCCUUGGAUUGGAUGGGCCCAGGCUGGAGCACUGCUGCCAGCUCUGCUGUCCAGCGCUGUUCGGAGAGCAGCUCUGCAAGAGACCGGGAGAGUGACCUACAUAGGAAAAACAUGGGAGAUGUGCAUCACGCUUGCUGUAUUCAGGAGAACGCAGAGGCGCAGAACCAUUCAUUUAGUGAGGAACGAAGCGGACAAUAACCUCCGCAUCAGCAGGAACAUUGUGGCUUUCUUCUUUUUGCCUGCCUUCUGGCAGGAAGGAUCUAUGCUCCCGCUCCGUGGAGUGGGGUCACUGCCAGCUCCUCACCCUCAGCGAGAACUACAGGGGCUGGACCUUAACCUAAGGGCAGUGCGCUGAGAGCCUCACCGGGCCCGCCGGGGGCCAGGAAGGGCCGGCACUCGCUCACAGGCACACAUCGCGCAGGCACACAUCGCACACGCACGUCAGCGCGGAAGGCCAACACGCGCGGCUCUGCACAGCGCGCUCACGCCGUGCCAGCGGCCUCAUCCCACGUCUCUCGGGCCGGGCCUCGGCCAUCGCGGUCCUACGGCGCUUCCGAUAGCGACUCGGCGCCAACCGGAACGCGGCCCGGAACAUACGGGAACCGGGGAGGCCGGAACCGGCCGUCAGCGCGGCUGUGUGGGAGCGGUGCCGGGGCCCGCCCCCGUUCCCAUGGCAGCGGCGCGGCCCGGCGGGCACGGGGCGCCGUGAGGCCUGGCUGUCGUCGGGAGCGGGACGAGGAGAUGGAGGGCGGGGGGCUGAGCGCGGAGGAGGAGUUCCUCGGUCACGAGGGGGAGGAGGAUGACGAGGAAGAGGAGGAGGAGGAGAGAGGGGGGAGGAAGACGCUGUCAGAAGAGGAGGAGGAGGAGAAGCAGGUGCUGGCCGCGUGUCCCCUGACGGAGGAGAUGCUGAAGGAGGGCCUCUCCCUCCUCUGCAAAAUUGGCAACGGCCUGGCGCACGCUUAUGUGAAGUUUGAAGCCAAGUAUAAGGACUUGACAGACAUCAGCCUCCUUGAACGUUUCAUUCACCUGCGGUAUGUGGAUUUGUCAGAGAACAAGCUGCAGGAUUUGUCUCCAUUGAGCAGCCUAACCCACCUGCUUUGGCUGAAGGUGGAUGGGAAUCUGCUUACCAGUGCCCACAUGCAGGAGCUUCCCUACCUCCAGAUCAUCAGCUUUGCUCACAACCGCAUCAAGAAUAUGGAGGGCAUUACUCACCCCCACUUAGCCAGCCUCAGCCUUAAAGGAAAUAAAAUUCAGACAGCACUGGGUCUGAGUCAAGCACUGCAUAGCCUGCGUAUCCUGGAGCUGCGAGGAAACAAGCUAGAGAGCACAGCAGGGCUUUACCUUCCCAAGCUCAAGUACCUCUAUCUGGCCCAGAAUGCCAUUAGGAGCCUUGAAGGCCUUGAGGCACUAGAGCAGUUGUCAACUCUGCACCUGCGUGACAAUGAGCUUGAGACCCUGGAUGGAUUCUCUAGCAGCAUGAAGUGCCUGCAGUACCUCAAUCUACGGAACAAUGGAAUCAGUAGCUUGCAGGAAGUGGCAAAACUGCAGGUGCUCCCCAUGCUGCAGGCCCUGGUGCUGAUGGACAAUCCAUGCUCUGAUGAAACAAACUACCAGCAGGAGGUCCUGGUCCAACUGCCACACCUGAAGCGCCUCGACAAGGAACCAGUUGAGGAAAAUUAGCAUGCAGAGGCAAAUGAAAUCUGUUAGAAAAGGCAGGAAGAGGAAAAGGAAAUGGAGGUAUCUCUCCAGGGUGAUGUGACUGAACGACCUCUGGUUUAAAUCCCUAUUCCCUGUGAAGAUUUGGGGAUGCAUCUUCCCAUGUCCAAAGCAAAAGCUAUAGGUAUGAGGUUCACCUCAUUUUGCCUGAAGAAGAGAGGAGUGUCCUGGACGCUGCCUUCAGUUACUGCAGUGUUUUUACAGUCUCUGCACGUACAUACUCCAAGUAGUCCCAAGAGGGAAAAGGGGGUUACAAAAUUGCGUAGUUUGAUUUAUGGCUCAAAGAAAUUCUACAUGAUUUUCUUAUUUGGA